AUGCACUUCUUCUCCUGCACCACAAACAACCACCGCCGCCGUCACCGCCACCGCAUCUUCACCCACUCCGAGCUCGCCACCGCCACAUCCAACUUCUCCUCCUCCUCUCUCCUCGGCCGAGGCAGCCAAUCCUCCGUCUUCCUCGCCAUCUUCCCUUCAUCUCCUCCUCUCAUCGCCGCCGCCAAACUCUCCUCCUCCUUCUCCGAGCUCUCCAUCCUCUUCUCCCUCCCCUACUCCCCCUUCAUCGUCAACCUUCUCGGCUUCACUCAUCCCUCUCCUUCCAUUCCUCUUCUCGAGCUCAUGCCUUCCGGUUCUCUCGACCACCUUCUCCACAACUCUUCUCCUCCUCCUCCAUGGCGCCGCCGUCUCCACCUCGCCUUCUUCUCCUCCCUCUCCCUCUCCUUCCUCCACUCCCUCUCCCCUCCGAUCAUCCACCGUGACGUCAAACCCUCCAACAUCCUUCUUGACUCCUCCCUUCAACCCUCGUCUCUCCGACUUCGCUUCGGCGUUGUCCUUCUCGAGCUCAUCACCGGCCGCCGUGCCAUCGACGUCGACCACAGCCCUCCGGCCUUGUCCGACUGGGCUCUUUCCAUGGUCACUCAACGCCGGUUUGACGAGAUGUGUGAUGCUAGAAUGGGACCGGUGGUGAUCGAGGAGUUCGCUGCUGUUGCUUGUCUUGCCUCUCGCUGUGUCAGCUCCUCACCGGAGGACAGGCCGGAGAUGGCUGAGGUGGCGGCGUGCUUGCGACGUGUCCGGUCAUCGCCGGUUAAGAGGUGGCGUAAAUGGAUGACUUGGUGGGGCCCGGUUUGA